UUAAAGAUUAAACUGCACAAACACAUAAAACAAAAAGAAAUAGUCCAAGCCCAAGACAAAAAGAUUUAAAUUAUAAACAUAGAAUAUGACACCAUUUACCCUCUGCAACAUCUUUCUAUGCACUUAUUCAUCAAUAUUAAAUAUUUUAUGUUCAAAACACUGCAGAUCCAACCCAUACAUUAGAUUCCUACCUCUGUCCACCAUGUUCAUGAGAGAGAGAGAGAGAGAGAGAGAGAGGGUUCUCUGGGGUUGCAGCAAAGCUUCUUUGCUCCAAUGAAACAAAAUACCAGUGUGUGAAAAUGGAUGAAGCAGCACCAAUCCCUGGUGAACUUCUUCAGGAAAUCCCAGCCAUUGAUAAUACCAAGUCCCUCACCAUCAAGAUAGGAGGUGAGAAAGUUCUAAACACCAUUGUUUCUGCAACUUCAGUUGUUUCAUCUCCAUACAGCUCUCCUCUCAUCUCUCCUCCAUCAUCAGCAUUUGUUUCAGCUCUACAGUCCCCAUAUAUAUCUCCUAGAGCCACUAUUGUCCCAAAUCCUCAAGAAAACCCAGCUCCAACACCACCACUCACCCACCCUUCACCACCGGUGUCGUACUGUGGGUCCCAAUCUGAUGACAUCCCAAGCACCUCCUACACUCCCCCACCGGAGCAAUACGACUUUUCUGAUGAUCCAACCAAUCAAAAGCUCAAAAUUGUCACCUGUGUACCAGUUCCAGGUACUGACACCGGUCCUCGUAUCUCAUUUUCAUUCCCAGUCCCUCGAAUUUCCUUUGCAAAAGGGCCUGUUUCGCCCACAUCCAAUGCUAAACUAAGGAGCUGUGAUGUGUACAUAGGCUUCCAUGGUCAGAACCCCAAUUUGGUUCGCUUCUGUAAGUGGCUUAAAUCGGAGCUCGAGCUCCAAGGGAUCGCUUGCUAUAUCGCAGACAGGGCCAAGUACUCGGACACACAGAGCCACGAGAUUGCUGACCGUGUUAUUUGCUCUGUGACAUUUGGUGUUGUGGUUGUCACUAGUUACAGCCUUCUAAACCAUCUCAGCUUGGAAGAGAUCAGAUUCUUUGCUCAAAAGAAGAAUUUAAUCCCACUGUUCUUUGACACUGAUCCUAGUGAGAUAAUGGGCCUACACAACCGCAAUUCGGAUGAUAAAGAAUACAAGGAAGCAGUGGAUGGACUAAUGAGGUCUCAUGAAUUUAAGCUGGAAACAAAUGAGGGUAAUUGGAGAAGCUGUGUAUCAAGAGCUGCUGGGAUUUUGAAGGGAAAACUUGGAAGGAAGAGUGUUUCUGAGAUGGAGGUUGAAGGAUUAGAGGAGUUACCAUUUCCCAAAAACAGAUUUUUCGUGGGGAGAGAGAAGGAGAUGAUGGAGAUUGAAACUGCGUUCUUCGGGUGUGGCGACUAUCUCGAGCAAGAAUGUUGUAUGCCAACCAUUAGAGGAGGAACACCAGGGCAAUCUGAAGGAGGACUUGCAGAUGGGGAAAGUGAAAUUGAUUCCAGUAAAGGAGGGAGAUUUAUAAAUUUGGAGAUGGGGAAGUGCAAGGAACCGAAAUUAGAGGCUUGGGUCGAACCAGUCAUUGGAAGGAAUUCACUGAAGAGGCCUAAAUACAAAAAGUCGAAAAGUGGGAAAUACAAGAGCUUUGGCAGCAGUGUUGUGUGCAUAAGUGGAAAUGCAGGUGUUGGGAAGACAGAGCUUGCAUUAGAGUUUGCUUACAAGUAUGCACAUAGAUACAAGAUGGUUUUAUGGGUAGGUGGUGAAGCUCGGUAUUUCAGGCAGAACAUAUUGAAUUUGUCCAUCAAUUUAGGGUUGGAUGUGAGUGCUGAUGUGGAGAAGGAAAGAGGGCGAAUUCGAAGCUUUGAGGAGCAGGAAGCAGAAGCGUUCAAGAGAGUGAAGAGGGAACUGUUUCGAGACAUGCCUUAUUUAGUAAUAAUCGACAAUCUAGAGACUGAGAAGGAAUGGUGGGAAGGUAAAGAUCUACAUGACCUAAUACCAAGAAACACUGGAGGGUCUCAUGUAAUUGUCACAACCAGGCUCUCAAGAGUCAUGAACUUCGAUCCAAUGCAGCUUCAACCAUUGUCUUUGCCUGAUGCAAUGCUUUUGAUCAGAGGAAGACGGAAGAAAGACUACCCAGCGGAGGAAGUAGAAUUUCUUGGAAAAUUUGAUGAGCAAUUGGGCAGGUCAAGUUUCGGUCUGUGGGUGAUCAGUUCACUACUUUCUGAACUCGCCAUUUUGCCAUCUGCUCUCUUUGAAGCCGUAAACCAGAUCCCACUUGAGGAAGCUUCUUCUACUAGCUCUAAUUUGAGCAUUACUGAUGAACAAUUCUGCAGAAGCAAUCCUUUCCUAAUGAAAGUCCUGGACUUUUGCAAUGCCAUUUUGCAGCAAAUCAACGGUAGAAGGAAUGUCUUUGCCUCGAGAAUGCUUCUUGUUGGGGCUUGGUUUGCCCCAUCACCCAUUUCAGCGAGUUUGCUAGCAGCGGCUGCUAAAAGUAUACCUGCCAGAAAAAAUCGGUUCAGCAAGUGGACCAAGUGCGUCAGUCUAGCUCUCUGUUGUUGCUCUGGUUGUUGUUUGUCAAACCAAACAUGGAAGAGCGAAGAAGAUUCAGCCCUUCUCUUAGUUAAACUGGGUUUAGCACGAAGAGCUAAUAGACAGCCGGGUUGCUGGAUCCAAUUCCACCACAUAACCCAAAUAUUUGGCAAGAGAAGAGAUGGUUUACUCACUGCCAAGGCAAUGGUUCAAGGUGUAAGGAAAACUGGAAACCCAUCGGUGAAUUCAGACCACUUCUGGGCAUCUGCAUUCCUCGUCUUUGGAUUCAGAUCCGAGCCUCCACUAGUCCAACUAAAGGCCAUUGACAUGGUUCUCUUCAUCAAGAAAACUGCUCUUCCUCUAGCAAUUAGAGCGUUCACAACCUUCUCAAGAUGCAAUUCCUCGUUAGAGCUCCUAAAGGUCUGCACAAACGUGCUUGAGGAAGUAGAGAAAUCGUUUGUAUCUCAGAUUCAAGAUUGGUGUCGAGGCUCGCUUUGCUGGAAGAAAAGGCUGCAACCGAACCAGAGGGUGGAUGAGUAUGUAUGGCAAGAUGUGACACUGUUGAAAGCCACGCUGCUGGAGACUAGAGCGAAAUUGCUGCUCAGAGGCAGGCAUUUUGACAGCGGUGAAGAGCUCUGCAGAACAUGUAUUAGUAUCAGGACAGUGAUGCUGGGCCAUAACCAUGCUCAGACAUUGGCUGCUCAAGAAACAUUAGCAAAGUUAGUGAGGUUGAGAAGCAAGAUAUGAUGAUGAAUGAUGUUUCUCAAUUCCUAUACUUGGGCAGCUCAAUUUUGUUCACAUUGUAACCAUGUCACUAGUUAGAUGUAUAAGCAUCAAAUUGCUCUUUACUAUCCCGCCAGUUUUAGUUCAAUGAUAAACAACAGAUUCAUCACCUUCCAAGAAUAUCUUGCCUUGUGCCAAAUUUUCAUUAUAUACAUUAACCCCUCUCCUCCAUCCCAUGAAAUAACAAUUCAA